AUGGCGUCGAGUGGAGGAGAUGGAGAACCUGAGUGGACCGCAGCCGUGCGGCCGCUUUUAUCAGCGUCUUACACGGCUUUCGAAACGAAAGAGCUACCUCAGCUUAUAGGUUCCAUCAUAAACAGUGAAUCAGAGAUACUUCAUCACGAUAAACAGUAUGAGCCGUUCUACUCGUCGUUUGUGGCGCUCUCUGCACAUUACAUCACCACAGUAUGUGGACAAAUCCCUAGAAAUCAGUUGCUGUCGGUAGCUGCAGCAUGUAAAGUAUUGAUUGAGUUUUCAUUGCUGCGGCUCGAGAAUCCAGAUGAAGCAUGUGCAGUUUCACAGAAACACCUGAUUCUCUUAAUAAAAGGCCUUUGCACUGGUUGCAGUCGACUAGAUCGAACAGAGAUCAUUACGUUCACUGCAAUGAUGAAGUCUGCCAAACUUCCACAGACUGUCAAAACCCUUUCUGACGUGGAGGACCAGAAGGAGCUACCGUCCCCAGUCAACCCUGAGCUACGACACAAAGAAGUGCAAAUGAAUUUUUUCAAUCAGCUGACAUCAGUGUUCAACCCUGACAUUACAGUCUUAGCCUCACCCUCUGUGCACAUGCAGGCUGAAGGGGAGUGCGAUGACCAAACAACAACAGAUCAGGCAACACAGGCCAAAAUGAAGAAUGCCUUCAUCUCACAAAAUGUGUCCAGUUUACAAGAAUUGGGGGGCUCGGAGAAGUUGCUGCGCGUGUGCCUCAAUCUGCCCUACUUCUUACGCUACAUCAACCGCUUCCAGGAUGCUGUAUCAGCAAACUCUUUCUUCAUCAUGCCAGCCACUGUGGCAGAUGCCACGGCUGUCCGAAAUGGAUUCCACUCUCUUGUAAUUGAUGUGACCAUGGCCUUGGAUACUCUCUCUCUGCCUGUGCUGGAGCCUUUAACCCCUGGGAGACUCCUCGAUGUUACUGUGCUAGCUCUGAGCUGCCUCUAUGCAGGUGUGAGUGUGGCAACAUGCAUGGCUAUUCUGCAAGUGGGUACGGGCCUGCAGCUUCGCACUGCCUCCACUGGCUCCAAAGAGGAAGAUUAUGAGAACGAUGCUGCUACUAUCGUGCAGAAAUGUCUGGAGAUAUAUGACAUGAUUGGACAGGCUAUCAGUAACUCUCGCCGUGCUGGAGGGGAGCAUUAUCAGAACUUCCAGCUUCUGGGUGCCUGGUGCUUACUGAAUAGCUUGUAUUUGAUAUUGAAUCUGAGCCCCACGGCUCUGGCAGAUAAGGGGAAGGAGAAAGAUCCUCUAGCAGCACUGCGAGUCAGGGACAUUGCUACCCGCACCAAAGAUGGGGCAGGAUCCCCAAAACUGGGCCCUGGGAAGGGACACCAAGGUUUCGGGGUUUUGUCGGUCAUUCUGGCAAAUCACUCUAUCAAGCUGCUCACGUCACUGUUUCAGGACCUACAAGUGGAGGCACUGCACAGGGGCUGGGCCAGUGAUGGGCCCCCAGCAGAGCUGAACAUUAUGGCUCAAAGCACAUCAAUUCAGAGAGUGCAGAGACUCAUCGACUCUGUGCCUCUCACUAACCUGCUCUUCACGCUGCUCUCCACCUCCUAUAAGAAGGCUUGCGUGCUGCAAAGACAGAGGAAAGGCUCAGUGAGCAGUGAUGCCAGUGCCUCCACCGACUCAAACACAUACUAUGAAGAUGACUUCAGCAGCACAGAGGAGGACAGUAGUCAAGCAGAGAGAAGACAGGAGAGGACAAGAGCAGCUUGUGUCUCAGAUGAUGACAGUGAGCCCAUUCUGGGCCUUUGGUUUGAGGAGACCAUCUCUCCCAGUAAAGAGAAGGUGGCUCCUCCACCUCCCCCUCCACCCCCUCCUCUGGAAACCUCUCCAAGACUCAAGAGCCCCAGCAAGCAGAAUGCAGGAGAGAACGGCAAUAUCCUAGCCAGCCGCAAGGACCCAGAGUUGUUCUUAAGUCUGGCUUCAAGCAUUCUGAACUUCAUCACUACAUCCAUGCUGAAGUCCAGAAAUAACUUUAUCCGCAACUACCUGAGUGUGUCCCUCACCGAGCAGCACAUGGCCACCCUGGCCAGCAUUAUCAAGGAUGUGGACAAAGAUGUGAAGGGUUCCUCUGAUGAAGAAUUUGCAUCAGCCUUAUACCACUUCAACCAUUCUCUGGUAACAUCAGACCUACCCUCUCCAGCUCUUCAGGUGUGCAGGAUGAUUGACCCAUUGAACACAUUGUUGCAGCAGUUGGGUGUGGCUCCAUUCUCUGAAGGCCCCUGGCCCAUGUACAUCCACCCCCAAUCGCUUUCGGUGCUCUCCAGACUACUGCUGAUCUGGCAGCACAAAGCAAGCAUGCAGGGAGAUCCUGAUGUGCCUGAGUGCAUGAAGGUCUGGGAAAGGUUUGUGGGCACUCUGAAACAGCACACCCUGCAGGGAGCAAUGCCCAGCGAGGAGGAUCUGAAUGUGGAGCACCUUCAACUAUUGCUGCUCAUUUUCCACAACCUGUCAGAGAAGGGCCGCCGCAACGUCCUCACUUUGUGCACACAGGCCAUCGCUGAGGUGGCCGCCCAGGUGGACUCUCAGCUCCAGGCUGUGCCGCUCAACCUGGCCCGCAUUCUGCUGGUCUUUGAUUACCUGCUACACCAAUACUCUAAAGCCCCUAUGUAUCUGUUUGAGCAGGUACAGUACAAUCUUCUGACUGCACCUACAUCUGGGGCCAGCUCUACACAGGAAGGAGGAAAACGAGGCUCUCUACCAAUUUAUUAUGGCUUUAAGGAAGUGGAAGAAAACUGGACCAAGCACUGCUCGGCAGGUAGGAAUUCUACAGUGCAGCCCAAGUUCUACUGUGUCCUUUCCCCUGAAGCUUCAGAAGAUGACAGAAGUCGACUUGACAACAAGGUCUUCCAAGUGCUGUUCAAUGGAGCUGUAAAAUAUGACAACUUGUAUUCCUCUCUUAUUUCCCUGCUGGCUGCGGGGUCUCGCUUCGACACAGCCAGAAGGCAGGAGAACAAACCUAUUAACCCUGUUGAGGCAUGUUCCCUCCAGUAUUAUUUUCUGAUUCUGUGGAGGAUUCUGGGAGUGUUACCCCCAUCUAAAGCCUAUAUUGAGCAACUAAAGACAGGGAACAGUGACCCAAGUGAGAGUGACAUCCUGCACACCCUUAGGUGGUCAUCGCGGUUAGGAGUCAGCACAUAUGUCAACUGGAUCAAAGAACACUUGGUGAAACAAGGAAUGAAAGCCGACCAUGCAACCUCCCUGGUUGAAGUGGUGUCCUCCAAAUGCAGUGCAGUGAAAUAUGACGUAGAGCUUGCUGAGGAGUACAUUGCCAGACAGAUCUCGUCUUUCUGUUGUGUGGACCCCAACAGCAUCCUGCCUCUUCACCAGAUUCCUUCCCUGCAGACCAUAUACACAUUGGAUGCGGUCAUCUCAAAAGUGCAGGUCUCUCGUAAUGAGCAUUUCUCAAAGGUGGCUGCAGAGACAGACACGCACAAAUCAUUUGAGAUUACCAAGAACCUACUGCCUGCAACACUGCAGCUUAUCGACGUCUACACGGCUUUUACCAGAUCAUAUUUGUUAAUGAGCCUCCCUGAAGAUGGAGAAAACAAGCCAACAGAAGCCAAACUGCAGGGCUAUGCAGCUGUGUUGUCUAUCGGCUCUACACGCUGCAAAGCCAAUGUUCUUGGCCAGCCAUUAAUGCAGAAUCUACCAUCUGCUGUUCAAACGCUAUGUGAGACAUGGAACAACAUCCAUACUAACGAGUUCCCCAACAUUGGUUCAUGGCGGAAUGCCUUUGCUAAUGACACCAUUCCAUCAGAGAGCUAUAUCAGUGCUAUCCAAGCAGCCCACCUGGGAACACUCUGUAAUCAGUCUCUGCCCUUGGCCUCCUCCCUCAAACACAUCUUGCUCACAUUGGUGCGCCUCACUGGGGACCUCAUUGUCACAGAGGAGCUGAACCCUCCCCAGGUGAUUCGCACGCUUUUGCCACUUCUGUUGGAAAGCAGCACAGAGAGUGUUGCUGAAAUCUGCAGCACAUCUUUAGAGAGGAUCCUGGGUCCCGCUGAGUCUGAUGCCUUCUUGGCUCGUGUAUACGAGCGACUCGUCACAGGCUGCUACAACAUCAUUGCCAACCACUCUGACCCAAACAGUGGUCUGGAUGAGUCUGUGCUGGAGGAAUGUCUGCAGUACCUGGAGAAGCAGUUGGAGAGCAGUCAGGUCCGCAAAGCCAUGGAGGAAUUCUUUUCUUUCAGUGGCGAACUGGUACAAAUCAUGAUGGCAACUGCAAAUGAGAAUCUAUCUGCCAAGUUCUGCAACAGGGUUCUGAAGUUCUUCACUAAGCUGUUCCAGCUGACGGAGAAGAGCCCUAACCCCAGCCUGCUGAGCCUGUGUGGCUCCCUGGCCCAGCUGGCCUGCGUGGAACCAUCAAGGCUGCAGGCAUGGUUGACUCGUAUGACUGCCUCACCACCCAAAGACUCAGACCAGCUGGACACGGUGCAGGAGAACAGACAGCUGCUGCAGCUUCUUACCACCUACAUUGUGCGGGACAAUAGCCAGGUGGGCGAGGGUGUGUGCACUGUGCUACUAAGCACCCUUAUCCCCAUGGCAACUGAGAUGCUGGCCAGCGGUGAUGGGGCUGGCUUUCCUGAGCUCAUGGUUAUCAUGGCCACGCUGGCCAGUGCUGGGCAAGGAGCAGGACACCUGCAGCUGCACAGGGCUGCUAUUGACUGGCUCACUAGAUGUAAAAAGUACUUGUAUCAGAAGAAUGUUGUGGAGAAAGUCACCGCCAAUGUUUCUCAAGGCAAACAUGCCAGCAUGUUGGAGUGUGCAUGCCACAUCAUCUCCUACCUGGCAGACGUGAUGAAUGCUCUGAGGCAGAGCAGCGGGCAAGGCUCAUCCCAGCUACUGAUGGAGGGAGAGGAGAAGGCCAUUGAGGUGGACUCCGACUGGGUGGAGGAGCUGGCUGUUGAGGAGGAGGACUCGCAGGCUGAAGACUCGGAUGAGGACUCCCUCUGCAAUAAGCUCUGUACCUUUACCAUUACGCAGAAGGAGUUCAUGAAUCAGCACUGGUAUCAUUGUCACACCUGUAAGAUGGUGGAUGGGGUAGGUGUGUGCACAGUGUGUGCCAAGGUCUGUCACAAAGACCACGAGAUCUCCUAUGCCAAAUACGGCUCUUUCUUCUGUGACUGCGGGGCCAAGGAGGAUGGCAGCUGCCAGGUGAGACCGAAUACUUCAGGUCAUCAUGGGAAAAGAACAACAGCGGCUCUGGUGAAAAGAAGCCCCAGCAGUGGAAUGAGCUCCACUAUGAAGGAGUCCUCAGCCUUUCAGAGUGAGCUGCGGAUGCCUGAGAGUGCCAUUCGCCACCAGAGCACAUCGUCCACCGACAAGGGCAAAGUCACCAUCUGCGAUGGGAAGAGCAGCGAUGAGGAGAAACCCAAGAAAAGCAGUGUGUGCAAAAACAUUGAAGGCUGCAGAGAAGACCUACUUGCCCAAGUGUCAAGUUCAUCCACGGCAACUCUGGUGCUGGACCUGCUGAUCUUUCUCAUGGAUGCCAUCCAGACGAACUUCCAGCAGGCCUCUGCUGUGGGCAGCAGCAGCCGUGCCCAACAUGCACUCAAUGAACUGCACACCCAGGACAAGACUGUGGAGAUGACCGACCAACUCAUGGUUCCCACUCUAGGCUCUCAGGAGGGAGCAUUUGAGAAUGUGAGGAUGAACUACAGUGGUGAUCAGGGCCAGACCAUCAGACAGCUCAUCAGUGCUCAUGUGUUGCGGCGUGUGGCCAUGUGUGUGCUGUCCUCUCCCCAUGGGCGCAGACAACACCUCGCUGUCAGCCAUGAGAAGGGCAAGAUCACUGUCCUGCAACUGUCAGCCCUCCUGAAGCAGGCAGACUCCAGUAAAAGAAAACUGACUCUAACUCGCCUGGCCUCAGCACCUGUGCCCUUUACUGUCCUCAGCUUGACUGGAAACCCUUGUAAUGAGGACUACCUAGCUGUUUGUGGCCUCAAGGACUGUCAUGUACUCACAUUCAGCAGUACAGGCUCAGUGUCUGACCACCUCGUACUGCACCCCCAGCUGGCCACUGGAAACUUCAUCAUUAAGGCCAUCUGGCUGCCUGGUUCUCAGACUGAAUUGGCCAUUAUCACAGCUGACUUUGUUAAGAUCUAUGACUUGUCUGUGGAUGCCCUCAGCCCCAUGUACUACUUCCUUUUGCCGAGCUCAAAAAUCAGAGAUGCAACAUUCCUGUUCAAUGAAGAGGGAAAAAACAUCAUUGUCAUAAUGUCCUCAGCUGGCUACAUGUACACACAGGUGAUGGAUGAGUCCAGCAGUGCACAGCAUGGCCCCUUCUAUGUUACCAAUGUGCUUGAGAUCACCCAUGAAGACUUGAAGGACAGCAAUGGUCAGGUGGCAGGAGGGGGGGUGUCUGUGUAUUACUCCCAUGUCCUGCAGAUGCUCUUCUUCAGUUACAGCCAGGGCAAGUCUUUUGCUGCCACAGUGAACCGCAGCAGCAUGGAGACACAGAGAUUAUUUACAAUAAAUGUCAAAGGGUCAAACGGAGGCAGUAAGACAUCUCCAGCUCUGUGCCAGUGGUCUGAGGUAAUGAACCACCCAGGGCUGGUGUGCUGUGUGCAGCAGACCACAGGGAUCCCUCUUGUCAUCAUGGUGAAACCAGACACUUUCCUGAUCCAGGAGAUUAAAACUUUACCAGCCAAAGCCAAGAUUCAGGACAUGGUGGCUAUCCGUCACACAGCCAGUAACGAGCAGCAGCGUACCACUAUGAUCCUGCUGUGUGAAGAUGGCAGCCUGCGCAUCUACAUGGCCAAUGUGGAGAACACAUCCUACUGGCUCCAGCCCUCUCUUCAGCCUAGCAGUGUCAUUAGCAUCAUGAAGCCUGUCCGCAAACGCAAAGCUGCCGCCGCCACUACACGCACGUCCAGCCAAGUAACCUUUCCUGUAGAUUUCUUUGAACACAACCAGCAGCUGACGGAAGUGGAGUUUGGGGGCAACGACUUGCUGCAGGUCUACAACGGGCAACAGAUCAAACACCGCCUCAACUCCUCAGGGAUGUAUGUGGCCAACACCAAGCCUGGUGGCUUCACAGUGGAGGUGGUAAACAAUAACAACUCUAUGGUGAUGACGGGAAUGAGGGUGCAGGUUGGCACUCAGGCCAUCGAAAGGGCUCCAUCAUACAUUGAAAUCUUUGGCCGCACCAUGCAGAUGAAUUUGACUCGCUCUCGGUGGUUUGAUCUGCCUUUCACACGUGAGGAGGCCCUGCAGGCUGACAAGAAACUCUCCAUUUUCAUUGGAGCAUCAGUAGACCCUGCUGGAGUCACCAUGCUAGACUCUAUUAAGAUCUAUGGCAAAACCAAAGAGCAGUUUGGAUGGCCUGAUGAACCUCCAGAGGACUUUCCUUCUGCCUCUGUCAACAAUGUUUGCAGCCCCAAUCUGAACCAGGGCAAUGGCACGGGAGACAGUGACAUCACAACUCCAACCUCCACCAGUGGCACAGUACUGGAGAGUUGCGAAACUGAGUCCUUAUCAACCUUGGACCGGUUAGUGGUCAGCUCCCUGGAAGCUCUGGAGAGUUGCUUUGCUGUUGGCUGUGCCAGUGAAAAGGAAAAAAGCAAAGGUCCAGCCCUAGAGCUGGCCACUCUUCUACUAUCCAUGCCAACUCCUGCUGGAGUCCAGCAACAGACCAAAGGCCUUCUGGCCAGUUUACACACCAGCCGCACAGCCUACCACAACCACAAGGAUCAAUCUCUACUGAGCAAUGCAGUGCAGUGUUUGAACAGCUGCAGUAAGGAUGGAAAGGAUUUGGACCCUGAUGUUUUCCAGCGACUAGUGAUAACCGCCCGCUCCAUUGCCAUCAUGAGACCCAAUAACCUAGUGCACUUUACAGAGUCAAAGAUGUCUCAUGCUGAAACUGAUCUGAGUGAAGAUGGUAAGGAUGGCCUAAAACAAGCUGACGCUGAAGGCUGUAAUUUUAUCAUGCAGCUGGUCAGUAACUUCUGGAAGCUUCAUGCACUGAAACCCAAGAAUGCUUUCCUUGCUCCUGCCUGUUUACCUGGGCUGACCCACAUUGAAGCCACUGUGAAUGCACUAGUGGACAUCAUUCAUGGCUAUUGCACAUGUGAGCUGGACUACAUCAAUGUGGCCUCCAAAAUCUACAUGCAGAUGUUGCUCUGUCCUGACACCUCUGUGAGCUUUGCUUGCAAACAGGCCCUUAUAAGAGUACUGAGACCCAGGAACAAGCGCAGGCAUGUGACUUUGCCCUCUCCGCCGCGCUCCAACACUCCAAUGGGUGAUAAAGAUGAUGAUGACGAUGAUGAUGCUGAUGAUAAGAUGCAGCCUUCUGGAAUGACAGGAGGGGAGAGUGGCAGACAGGAGAGCCAAGAACAAAGUGAGGUGGACCAUGGAGAUUUUGAGAUGGUGUCUGAGUCCAUGGUUUUGGAAACAGCAGAGAAUGUGAACAAUGGAAACCCAUCUCCUCUUGAGGCACUCCUGGCUGGAGCAGAGGGCUUCCCCCCAAUGCUCGACAUCCCUCCUGAUGCUGAUGAUGAGACCAUGGUUGAACUGGCCAUAGCUCUUAGUCUCCAGCAGGAUCAGCAAGGUAGUAGCAGCAGUGCCCUGGGCCUGCAGAGUCUAGGCCUUUCUGGCCAGGCCCCCAGUUCAUCUUCUCUGGACGCAGGCACCUUGUCAGAUACGACUGCAUCAGCUCUGGUUAUACUUUCAGCCCCAGCCUCGGAUGAUGAGGGGAGCACAGCGGCCACAGACGGCUCCACGCUGCGCACCUCUCCCGCCGAGCACGGGGGCAGCGUGGGCUCUGAAAGUGGAGGCAGUGCCAUCGACUCAGUGGCUGGAGAACAUAACGGUGAGGGUCGAGGUAGGGAGGAAAUGUUGUCUGGGCGCAGCAGUGCUUACGGAGACACUGCUGUGGAAGGCCACCCUGCAGGACCAGGCAGUGUGAGCUCCAGCACAGGAGCCAUCAGCACCACCACAGCCCAGCAGGAAGGAGAAGGCUCUGAAGGAGAGGGAGAGAAUGAGGGGGACAUCCACACCAGCAACAGACUGCACAUGGUGCGCCUGAUGCUGCUGGAGCGCCUUCUGCAGCACCUGCCUCAGCUGCACACUGUGGGUGGGGUGCGUGCAAUCCCAUACAUGCAGGUGAUCCUCAUGCUGACCGCUGACCUAGAUGGAGAGGAUGAGAAAGACAAGGGAGCACUGGAUGACCUUCUGGCUCAGCUAAUUGCUGAGCUUGGCAUGCACAAGAAGGAUGUCUCAAAGAAGAAUGAACGCAGCGCAAUAAAUGAGGUGCAUCUGGUCAUCAUGAGACUGCUCAGUGUCUUCAUGUCACGCACAAAGUCUGGCUCCAAGUCUUCUUCAGAGUCCUCUUCGCUUAUCUCAAAUGCCACGGCAACUGCCCUGUUGAGUCUGGGAGCAAUAGACUACUGCCUGCAUGUGCUCAAGUCUCUACUGGAGUUCUGGAAGACUCAGCAGGGAGAGGAAGAGCCAGCAGCUGCCAGUCAGCUCCUCAAACCCCACACUUCCUCCUCUCCCCCUGACAUGAGCCCCUUCUUCUUACGCCAGUAUGUUAAGGGUCAUGCUGCCGAUGUGUUUGAGGCAUACUCUCAACUCCUCACUGAAAUGGUGCUGCGCCUGCCCUAUCAGAUCAAGAAGAUUGCUGACACGAACCCCCGCAUUCCUCCCCCCAUCUUUGACCACUCUUGGUUCUAUUUUCUCUCUGAGUACCUGAUGAUCCAGCAAACUCCGUUUGUGAGGAGACAAGUGAGGAAGCUGCUGCUCUUUAUCUGUGGCUCCAAGGAGAAAUAUCGCCAGCUGCGAGACCUUCACACGCUUGACUCCCAUGUUCGCAGCAUCAAGAAACUUUUGGAAGAACAAGGCAUCUUCCUUAGGGGAGGCAUUGUCACAGCAACCUCUGGCUCUGCCCUGCAGUAUGACACACUCAUUAGUCUGAUGGAACACCUGAAAGCAUGUGCUGAAAUAGCCACACAGAGAACCAUCAACUGGCAGAAGUUCUGUAUGAAAGAUGAUUCGGUGCUGUACUUCCUGCUGCAGGUGAGUUUUCUGGUCGAUGAGGGUGUGUCUCCAGUGCUCCUGCAGCUGCUCUCCUGUGCCCUGUGUGGCAGUAAAGUCUUGGCUGCCUCCUCAUCUGGAGGUUCUGCUACAGGGGCUGGAGCCUCACAGUCCUCCCAGAGCAAGUCUUCCAGCAAGAAGAGCAAGAAGGAGGACAAGGAGAAAGAGAAAGAAGGUGAGGGAGCAGGAAGCCAGGAGGAUCAGCUGUGCACAGCACUGGUCAGUCAACUCAACAAGUUUGCGGACAAAGAGACUUUGAUUCAGUUCCUGCGUUGCUUCUUGCUGGAGUCGAACUCUUCCUCUGUGCGCUGGCAAGCCCACUGUUUGGCCUUGCAUAUUUACAGGAACUCCAACAAAUCCCAGCAGGAGUUGCUGCUGGACCUGACCUGGGCUAUCUGGCCUGAGCUUCCUGCUUAUGGCCGUAAGGCUGCUCAGUUUGUGGAUCUGCUGGGCUACUUCUCCCUCAAGACCCCUCAGACAGAAAAGAAGCUGAAGGAGUACUCUCAGAAAGCUGUUGAGAUUUUGAGGGCACAAAACCACAUACUCACCAAUCACCCCAACUCCAACAUAUACAACACCCUCUCUGGACUGGUUGAAUUUGAUGGCUUUUACCUUGAAAGUGAUCCCUGCUUAGUGUGCAACAAUCCUGAAGUGCCCUUCUCUAACAUCAAGCUGUCGUCUAUCAAAGUGGACACCCGCUAUACCACCACACAGCAAGUGGUGAAGUUAAUUGGCAGCCACACCAUCAGCAAAGUUACUGUAAAGAUCGGAGAUCUCAAGAGAACCAAGAUGGUGCGCACCAUCAAUCUCUACUACAACAACAGGACUGUUCAGGCUAUCGUGGAGCUCAAGAACAAACCUGCUCGCUGGCAUAAGGCUAAGAGGGUGCAGUUGACCCCUGGACAGACAGAAGUGAAGAUUGACCUCCCUCUCCCUAUUGUGGCUUCCAACUUGAUGAUCGAAUUCUCAGACUUCUAUGAGAACUACCAGGCAUCUACAGAGACCCUGCAAUGCCCUCGCUGCAGCGCCUCCGUACCUGCCAACCCAGGAGUGUGUGGCAACUGUGGAGAGAAUGUUUACCAGUGUCACAAGUGCAGGUCCAUUAAUUAUGAUGAGAAGGACCCCUUCUUGUGUAAUGCCUGUGGCUUCUGUAAAUAUGCCCGCUUUGACUUCAUGCUCUAUGCCAAGCCCUGCUGUGCUGUGGAUCCAAUAGAAAAUGAAGAAGAUAGGAAAAAGGCUGUGACCAACAUUAAUACACUUCUGGACAAGGCUGAUCGUGUGUACCACCAACUCAUGGGCCAUCGGCCUCAGCUCGAGAGUUUGCUCUCCAAGGUGAAUGAGGCAACUCCAGAGAAACCACAGGAUGACACGGGUGCAGGAGCAGGCCUGGGCACCUCCACUGCUAGUGUGAACAGGUACAUUCUGCAGCUAGCUCAGGAGUACAGUGGAGACUGCAAAACUUCAUUUGAUGAGCUCUCCAAAAUCAUACAGAAAGUGCUGGCUUCCCGUAAGGAGCUGCUGGAGUAUGAUUUACAGCAGCGAGAGGCCGCCACAAAGUCUUCCCGCACCACCACUCAGCCUACCUUCACUGCAAGUCAGUACCGGGCCCUCUCUGUCCUCGGCUGUGGACACACCUCAUCCACCAAGUGCUACGGCUGCGCAUCUGCAGUCACAGGCCACUGCAUCACUUUGCUCCGUGCACUGGCCACCAACACUGCCAUCAGGCAGAUUCUGGUAUUGCAGGGACUCAUUAGAGAACUGUUUGAGUACAACCUUCGUCGCGGCUCUGGAGCCAUGAGGGAAGAAGUCCGCCAGCUCAUCUGCUUGCUUACCAGAGAUAACCCAGAAGCCACACAGCAAAUGAAUGACCUCAUCAUUGCAAAGGUGUCAGCAGCCCUGAAGGGACACUGGGCCAACCCUGACCUGGUCAGUAGCCUACAGUAUGAAAUGCUACUCCUCACUGACUCCAUAGCAAAGGAGGGAGGUUGCUGGGAGCUGAGACUACGCUGUGCCCUCAGUCUGUUCCUAAUGGCAGUCAAUAUAAAGACUCCAGUAGUGGUGGAGAACAUUACUCUCAUGUGCCUGAGAAUCUUACAGAAACUCAUCAAACCCCCUGCACCCACCAGCAAGAAAAACAAGGAUGCUGCUGUUGAAUCCCUAACCACAGUCAAGCCAUAUAGCAAUGAGAUCCAUGCCCAGGCCCAGCUCUGGCUCAAAAAGGAUCCUAAGGCAUCAUAUGAGGCCUGGAAAAAGUGCCUUCCUGCUAGAUGUCAAGAGCCUGUCUCUAAGCCUUUGACUAAGGCUGAGAUCAGGAGACAGUACCUGAUGGAGAAGUAUGUGUGGAAGUGGAAGCAGUUCAUGAGGUCAAGAUCAGAGGGUUUGUUCCCUCGCUUGCUUAAACUGGGCCACAACAACUGGUUGAGACAGGUGCUCUUCACUCCAGCCACUCAGGCAGCAAGACAGGCCGCCUGCACCAUUGUAGAGGCCCUGACGACCAUCCCCAGCCGCAAGCAGCAGGUCCUGGACCUUCUUACAAGCUACCUGGAUGAGCUGAGUAUUGCGGGAGAAUGUGCUGCGGAGUACUUAGCUCUGUACCAGAAGCUUAUAAAACCUGCUCAUUGGAAGGUGUACCUGGCUGCCCGUGGUGUCUUGCCCUACAUUGGAAACCUUAUCACCAAGGAAAUUGCCCAUCUCUUAGCCCUGGAGGAAGCAACAUUGAGUACAGACCUGCAGCAAGGAUAUGCCCUCAAGAGUCUCACAGGCCUGCUGUCCUCCUUUGUGGAAGUGGAGUCCAUUAAACGACACUUCAAAAGCCGGCUUGUAGGCACAGUGCUUAAUGGGUACCUUUGUCUAAGGAAGCUGGUGGUUCAGAGAACCAAACUGAUCGAUGAGACUCAGGACAUGCUGCUAGAGAUGCUGGAGGACAUGACCACAGGGACGGAGUCUGAGACAAAAGCAUUCAUGGCAGUGUGCAUUGAGACAGCAAAACGCUACAACCUGGAUGACUACCGCACUCCUGUUUUCAUAUUUGAGAGACUCUGCAGCAUUAUCUAUCCUGAGGAGAACGAGGUGACAGAGUUCUUUGUGACUCUGGAAAAGGACCCACAGCAGGAGGACUUUCUGCAGGGACGCAUGCCAGGGAACCCCUACAGCAGUAAUGAACCUGGCAUUGGCCCACUCAUGAGGGACAUCAAAAACAAGAUCUGCCAAGACUGUGACCUGGUGGCACUGCUAGAGGACGACAGUGGCAUGGAGCUUCUCGUGAAUAACAAGAUCAUUAGUUUGGAUCUGUCUGUGGCAGAGGUCUACAAGAAAGUCUGGUGCCCUACCAAUGAGGGUGAGCCAAUGAGAAUCAUUUAUCGCAUGAGAGGGCUUCUUGGUGAUGCCACAGAGGAGUUCAUUGAGUCUUUGGAUUCUACCACAGAUGAGGAGGAGGAUGAUGAGGAGGUGUAUAAAAUGGCUGGAGUCAUGGCACAGUGUGGAGGAUUGGAGUGUAUGCUUAACAGACUCUCUGGAAUUAAAGAUUUCAAGCAGGGCAGACACCUACUAACAGUUCUGCUGAAGCUGUUCAGUUACUGUGUUAAAGUGAAGAUCAACAGACAGCAGCUGGUGAAACCAGAGAUGAACACCCUCAAUGUUAUGCUGGGCACUUUGAACCUUGCACUAGUAGCUGAGCAGGAGAGUAAGGACAGUGGAGGGGCAUCUAUAGCAGAGCAGGUCCUCAGCAUCAUGGAGAUCAUUCUUGAUGAGGCCAAUGCAGAAACUCUGUCUGAGGACAAGGGUAAUUUGCUGUUGACGGGAGAUAAAGACCAGUUGGUGAUGUUGCUUGACCAGAUCAACACCACUUUUGUGCGCUCCAACCCCAGCGUUCUUCAGGGCCUGCUGCGCAUCAUUCCGUACCUGUCCUUUGGAGAGCUAGAGAAAAUGCACAUCCUUGUGGAGCGUUUCAAACCCUGCUGCUGUUUUGACAAGUAUGACGAGGAGCAUAAUCCAGAUGAUAAGGUCUUCCUGGACUGCUUCUGUAAAAUUGCAGCUGGGAUCAAGAACAACAGCAAUGGCCAUCAACUCAAAGACCUAAUCCUACAGAAGGGCAUCACUCAGAGUGCUCUGGACUACAUGAAGAAACAUAUCCCCAGCGCCAAAAAUCUGGAUGCAGAUGUUUGGAAGAAGUUCCUUGCCCGACCAGCCCUUCCCUUUAUCCUCAGACUGCUGCGUGGUCUGGCCACCCAGCAUCCCCCUACACAGAUGCUGAUUGGAACAGAUUCCAUUAGCAAUUUGCACAAGUUAGAGCAGGUGUCCAGUGACGAAGGCAUUGGCACUCUGGCCGAGAACCUUCUAGAAGCAUUGAGGGAGCAUGCGGAGGUGAACCUUAAGAUUGAUGCAGCUCGAAGGGAAACACGGGCAGAGAAGAAACGUAUGGCAAUGGCAAUGAGGCAGAAAGCUCUAGGCACGCUCGGCAUGACAACCAAUGAGAAAGGCCAGGUGGUGACGAAGACAUCCCUAUUGAAACAGAUGGAGGAGCUUAUAGAGGAGCCAGGGUUAACCUGCUGCAUCUGCCGAGAAGGCUACAAGUUUCAGCCAACUAAGGUCCUGGGUAUCUACACGUUUACGAAGCGUGUGGCUCUGGAGGAGUUUGAGAACAAACCCCGCAAACAGCAGGGCUACAGCACUGUCUCGCACUUUAACAUAGUCCACUAUGACUGUCACCUCGCUGCUGUCCGGCUUGCUCGAGGGCGUGAGGAGUGGGAAAGUGCCGCUCUACAGAACGCCAACACCAAGUGCAAUGGGCUCUUGCCUGUGUGGGGGCCGCACGUACCCGAAUCAGCCUUCGCCACUUGUCUGGCAAGGCACAAUACAUAUCUGCAAGAGUGCACAGGGCAGAGGGAGCCCACGUACCAGCUCAACAUCCACGACACCAAGCUGCUGUUCCUGCGCUUUGCUAUGGAGCAAUCCUUCAGCGUGGACACAGGAGGAGGAGGCCGUGAGAGCAACAUCCAUCUCAUUCCCUAUAUCAUUCACACUGUCCUCUACGUCCUCAACACCACAAGGGCCACAUCACGAGAAGAGAAGAACUUGCAAAGUUUCUUGGAACAGCCAUGUGAUAAAUGGGUGGAGAGCUCAUAUGAAGUGGACGGGCCCCAUUACUUCACUGUGCUGGCCAUGCACAUCCUCCCUCCUGAGCGCUGGAGGGCCACACGCGUCGACUUCUUGCGCAGGCUCCUAGUUACCGCGCAUGCACGGAAGGUCUCACCAGGGGGCGCCAACAAACUCACAGACAAAGCAGUGAAAGAGUACAUGGUUUAUCGCUCUCCACUUCUCUUCUGGGGCCUGGUGGACCUCAUCUAUGACAUGUUCAGGAAAGUGCCCACCAGUAACACAGAGGGAGGCUGGUCCUUCUCACUGGCAGAGUAUGUGCGGCACAAUGACAUGCCCAUCUAUGAGGCUUCAGAAAGGGUGCUGAGGGCUUUCCAGGACGAGCUGAUGCCUGCUGAAUCUUUCUCAGAGUUCCUGGAUGUCGUAGGGCUUCUCUCAGACAUCCCAGACCCUGAUGGUUUUCUGCAGGACCUGUUGAACUCUGUGCCCUGAUGGCAUUCAGCCUUUCCCCUUACCGGACACGUGUCCACCCUGCUCAGUGCAGGUGUUCCUUAAACAUGGAGGCUGUCCACUACCUGGACACUGCUGCUUGCAGCUCCAAAAGGACACCUUUCAAUCGGGGUCUGGGCCCCCCAAAAUUUAUCAGCUCACCCACUCUCAUUCACCACCACCUCCGCUCUUGAUUUCCACUUGGGUUUGUUCUUCUGCAGCGUCUUCAGCUAUAACACUCCUAAACCAGAGAAUUAUAUAUGUAGUCAGACGAGUUAAUGCAUUUAUUACAAAUGUUUCUGUAACAUCUAAUACACUGAAACAUACCGUGCUGUUUUGAUCCAACAUGUUGGCAGGUGAUCUCUUCAAGUAACUUUAAAUGUUUGGGAAUUUAAUGACUGUGUAAGACAACUUGAUGGCUUUUAUUUUUCCUUUUUUUUUUCUUUUGUUUGUUUUUUGAGUUAACUUCCAGAAUGAGUGCAGCAGUUUCACAGAAGUGUGAACUGAUUUCUCGAGGUCAAGCACAUUGUUUCUGGACAUUUUGCAGUGGUGUGUAACAAUCUGAUUGUAUUUUGUAAGAAAGGCUAGGCCUGUUGCUGGGUGUUUGAAGAGAUUCUUGUGAGGUUUCUCUCCUUUGUAUAAAUGAAACGAACAGAAUGGGAUUAUAACUAAUCUGUAAGCCCACUGAAUCUGAAAUGCAUUUGUAACGGGGUUUUACUUGCUUCUACAAUGAAACUCAACAACUGUCGAGAUAAAAGAAUAAAAGGGCCUGCAUCUUUUCUUUGGAAGCUUUUUUUUUUCCUUUUCGCUUUGUUUUCCUGCUUGGGUUUUUGUUUAUGAUCUCAAGUUUACAACACUAGAUUCUUUUUGGGCUUCUCAGUUUCAUGUGACAUAUUUUCCCCAACAUAAACCAAAAUGGUCCACAGAGGCGACAUUUUCCCAAAGCCCUUUUUGUUUCUGGUAAGCAAGACACCACUGAGAGCUGUCUUGGUGAUAAGUUAAUUCGUAAAAUAUAUAUAUAUAUAUAUAUAUUUACAGUAUAUACACCUGCAAAGGGUGACCUUGUACACGGAGCUGAAUGCAUGGUGUGGAGUAAAAAAAAUAAUAAAUAAAAGAACCCAGUUAGUGUUUCGCCUAUUCCCGCUGCUACAAUGUUCAACUGUUGCUGAAUGUCCGCUUUUUGAAUUAGCUCAAAUUAAUAAAGCUGUACAAAUUCCA